AUGAAUUCAUUCAUGGAGACUGCUAGUUCUCUUCGACUUCCAGUCGGCUACCGAUUCGUGCCAACUGAGCAAGAGCUUUUGCUCUCUUAUCUGUACAAUAAGGUGAUUGGGGCUCCCCUUCCUUGCAACGUUGUGAUGGAGUGUGAUCUUUAUGGUGAAGAAGAAGCAUGGAAGGAGCUAUUCCAGCAAACCGAUGAGAGUUCCCUUUACUUCUUUACCGAGCUAAAGAAGAAGAACGACAAUGAUUCACGAAUAGCAAGGAUGACAUCAUCAGGAUCUGCUACAUGGAAGAACCAGAGCGAGAAGCCUAUCCAUUACGAUAACCACAACAAUGUCGCCGAUGGUGUUGGAGGUCAUGAUGAAGGGAAGAAUCAGAAGACGGUUAUCGGGUUUAAGCGAACCUUCUCUUAUACUAGUAAGAAAGAAGGAUCAACAAGUAGUAGCAGUAGUACUAAUAAGGCAAAGGGAGGAGGAUGGGUCAUGCAUGAGUUUAGGCUUGCUGAAUUCCUUCUUAGCCACAACCAGGGUAACAACAUCUAUGUUCUUUGUCGAGUCAUAAAAACGAAGAAGGGGGAAAUCAUGGAAUAG